GUUUAGCGCGCUACGUCACCCUGUCGGGCGCGCGCACUGUGUCUGUUGUCGCGCACGCGCGGCGUUUUGGGAGUCGUUGACACGGUUGGUUCGUAACGGGAUCCGCGGCGGAGACCGAACAGCACCGGAGAGGCUGUACCCGCCGGGGUGGCCGUGCCCAGGGCUCGGGGUGCCAGUCCUGGCUGCUCUACGCUGACCGUACAGCAGGGGGCUCGGGGCCGCCCCCGCCGGUAACCGGGACACGGGGGACUGAGGCAGCGGCCAGCGGAGGGCGACAGCGCGGGGCUCCCAUUCAUACCCAACCGGGGGGACUGCGGGAGAAUUGCGGCCACCAUGAGUGAACAGAGCAUCUGCCAGGCGCGAGCUGCUGUGAUGGUUUAUGAUGACGCCAACAAAAAGUGGAUACCGGCUGGAGGUUCAACGGGUUUUAGUAGAGUUCACAUUUACCAUCACACAGGAAACAACACCUUCAGGGUUGUGGGCAGGAAGAUUCAGGAUCACCAGGUGGUGAUCAACUGUGCCAUCCCUAAAGGACUUAAAUAUAACCAAGCCACCCAGACCUUCCACCAGUGGCGAGAUGCAAGACAGGUGUAUGGUCUCAAUUUUGGGAGCAAGGAGGAUGCCAAUGUCUUUGCCAGUGCCAUGAUGCAUGCCUUAGAAGUACUGAACUCGCAGGACUCUGGUCCUACGUUGUCUCGGCAGAAUUCACAUAUACCCAUACAGGUACAAAAUGGCCCAUCACAAGAAGAACUGGAGAUCCAGAGAAGAGGCAGUUCCAGUAGCUACUUGUCCAGAAAGCACACACGCCACAUGAAUGCCAGGCAGCUGCAGGAGCAGCAGCGGCAGAAAGACCUGGAGAGAGAGAGGUUAGAACGUGAACGGAUGGAGCGAGAGCGGCUGGAACGCGAGAGGAUUGAGAGGGAGAGACUUGACAGAGAGCGCUUAGAACAAGAACAGCUGGAGCGAGAGAGAGAACGCCAGGAGCAAGAGCGGAAAGAACAGCUGGAGCGGGAACUGCAAGAGCAAGAAAGGCUGGAACAAGAGAGGAAAGAGCGUGAGCUGCAGGAAGAGCUGGAAAAAGAGCAGCUGGAAUGGGAAAAGGAACGGCGGCUUUCCAAUGCUGACUCCUCUUUCAACAACUCAUUAUAUAACGCUCAGCACAUUGAUUACUCCAGUUGCCAACCACACUCUGUAUCUCCCAUAGCUUACGCUAAAGCCAUUUCCGUUCCGGCUGCCUCUGUAUGUACAGAUUCCAUUGCGGACUAUGUAAUAGUGAACUCUACAUCCAUUAACUCUACACCACCCACACCUCCUCUGCGACACUCUGCGUCACGUUUUGCUACAUCAUUAGGUUCCGCCUUCCAUCCUGUUCUUCCCCAUUAUGCAACUGUUCCUCGGCCAAUCAAUAAAAUCUCAAGACCUCCUUCUCCAGUGAAUACGGCUCCACCUCCUCCACCGCCUCCACCACCUCCUGCAAAACCAAUAUCCUGGUCUGCUUCUAACUUUGCUCCACUUCCUCCUUCUCCACCAGUGAUGAUUAGCAGUCCUCCGGGGAAAGCUACUGGGCCGAGGGCUGUUCAUCUAGUUUCUACAUCCAGUCAGUUGGCUCAGAUGUCCCUUAUAUCCACUGCCCUAAACGGACACACAGAUAGCUCAGCUUUUGAAAUGCCUUCUACUUCAGCACCACAUCCUGCACCACCGCCACCACCUCCAUUGCCAGCAUUCCUACCGUUCUCAUUGUCUUCAUGUCAAACUGUCACUCCUUCUCCCAGCACCUCUGUUGUCUUUGCACCUUCAUCCCAGUCUAGUGUUCUCCCUUCUCCCUCUGCAGCUUCCCCUGCCUCUGUUGAGAGCUCUUUAAACUCUGUGCUGGGAGAGUCCUGUGCUUCUCAGCCAGAUUUGAUCACCACCUCUCAGCCGAUUGACCCUUCCAGCCAUGCGGGUGUUAUUCCUGGACCGCCUGCACCUCCUCCCCCGCCCCCUUUGCCGCCAGGUUCUAGCUUUUCUUCAGCAACUGGUCCUCCAGCAGCUCCACCACUCCCUCCUUCAGCUCCUGUGCCACCACCACCUCCUGGGCCACCACCUCCUCCUGGGCCUCCACCUCCAAUGUUUGGCCAGGGUCCUCCUCAAGCACCGCCUCCUCCUCCAGCUCCUCCUCUUCCAUUUUCUUCAGCUUCUGGCUCAGGAGACAACCGUCCUUUACCAGGCCUAGCUGCUAUGCUUGCUGGAGCCAAACUUCGAAAAGUAUCCAUGGAUGAGGAUCCCAUCAAUCAGGGAGUUGUAAGUGUCCUGGCACUAAGCUCAGCUGCUGCCAAGACAGAGCCGAGUCGAGGUAAUGGACCUCUUUCGAUGGCCGGUGGGGGACUGUUAGAAGAAAUGAGUGCAGUUCUAGCAAGGAGGAGACGAAUAACAGAAAAGCCCUCACCACUUGAAGCCGAGACAGAAGAGCCUCAGUCUGCAUUGGCAAGAGCUCCUUCAGCCGGCACGCCUGAACCAGCCAGAAAGCCUUGGGAGAGAAUGAAUACAAUAAAUGGAAGUAAAUCACCCGUUAUCUCCAGACCAAAGUCGACACCAUCUGUGCAACCCAGUGCCAAUGGAUUGCAGUCAGAAGGCCUAGACUAUGACAGACUGAAGCAGGAUAUAUUGGAGGAAAUGAGAAAAGAAUUGACAAAACUUAAGGAAGAACUUAUUGAUGCCAUUAGACAAGAACUAGGAAAAUCCAACAGCGCAUAAAGACCUUUCAGUGGAUUGAAAGUGACUCGAUAAAUUUAUAAAGGAAGUUUGCUAUUCUGCAAAAGGGGAACAGCAUAUAAAAACCUUUCACAGACUUCACUUUGGAUGUACACGAAAUUCUGUCCUGGUUUUCAGCUUUUUUCCCCUCUGACCUGUUAGAGCAUAUGGGGAAAAAAGUCUUAGUCACUGUAAUAAUUAUGCAGAUUUUUUUUUUUUUUUAUAUAUAUAUUUUUUUUGGGGUGGGGAGGGGGGAAGAUAAUGGAGGGAUUUAUUUUUUUUUCUCCUGUCAAAGGACGCUUGCAGUGCAUCCGAACAAAUCACAAACCAUGUCAAGAUAAUCUUGCACAUAUUUCAAAAUUCAUGUUUGAGAAAAUAAUGUGGGAAUGAAUGACUGAUGGUAGAAAGGUAAUCGGGUCGUGUACUGCAAGUGUAACUCAGGUUUGUCUUCCUAAAGUAUUUGAUAUUUCCAUUAAUAACAAACAUUGUAGAUGGUCACUGUAUUUACUGGGCGUUUGUGAUCACAGGGUGGUAUUUAGGAAGAAAUCACUUCAACAAGGGUGUUGCACAUUAAUAGAUUUUGGUUUUAUUUUUAUUGUUUUGAUACUUUGACAGGAUGCCUCUUAAUUUUGUAGAUUUAUUUAGAAGAGGGGGGAGUGGAGAGAAAAGAAAAAUUCAAGCAAAUAUGAUCUGUUCGAGGAAAUAGAUGCCUUCCUAGAUAGUUUCAAUGCUUUACCAAAUCAAAACUACAUUUACGUAAUAGAUUUAAUAAUUAUUCAUACAUCUUUUGGUACCUUGCACCUUUUUAAAGAUACUUUUUGCAUGGGGACAUUUUUGCAAAACUAUCAUCUAACAAUCAACUACUUAUAAAUAGAAAAGCAGCGCAUGUCACAUUGACUACUAAAUGCCCUCCGCACUCAUCUUGGGAAUAUCUGAUCAUGACCAUACAGUUAAUCUUAGACACUUUUAUUAUUACUGCACCAAUUUGCCAUAGGUUAGAUGCAUGUGUAGAUUGGGGAAGUAUCUGACAAUCGCCAUAUUGGAACGGAUAUCCACAACACCGCCUAUAUUUAAUUCGUUUAUUAGAAUUAUUUUGUUUUGGGGUUUUUUUGUGUUUUGAUUUUUCCUUCACCAAAGCUCCUGGACAGAGUGGAUUAUCUCAAGUCACACUCCUUGAGGUUUUCAUCCCAUUUAAAGAAGAGGAACUGUUACCUUCUGGAUGGAGUUACACUUGGUCUUUCCCAGAUAAUAUACACCUUUUAAUGAGCUGCUCAUGUUAAAAGUUGCUUACAAAUCCUGCACAUACUAUUUAGCAGCAUGGAGCUGUAAAAUGAUUGUACUGCAUUGAUGUUGGUUUAGGAAAUGUAUUCUUUUUGUAGGAAGUUUGUGUUUUGAGCGAAAAGGCAGAAUUUUGUAGUCUGGAUUAGUGCCAUAUCAACAUGGAGUCUACAAACCCCUACGAUUCCCUGAGCUUCUUUACACAAUGUAAAAGUCAAUCGUGCAAACCUUGGUCAGUGCUGGUCACCAAAGGAAAAUCCGUUUAAAGAAGGUUCCGGACAAAGGGAAUUGUUCCCCUCGAAGUGCUGUUCUAACUGUCUUAGAUUAGAGACGUGGACUCUAAAUGGAAGCAGCCUUUUCCAAAAACAUACACAAAAAACCCUACAUGGUCGGAAUGAAUUCAGCAUUGAGAAAGAUGGCGAGUUCGUAAAGUUUUGUCAGUUGCGUAGAAGCAUCAUCAGCUCUGUUUGCAGAUAUCUUAAUAGUUAGAACGUUCCGGCCAUGCGUAAGAAUUUUUUUUUCUUGUUUGUUUUUAUAUAAAAUGUUCAAGACUUACCCUAUAAUGAUAUGACCACAAGCAGUCCAAAGUAAGACAGACAAUGGGGUAUCCUGAGUCUUGAGCGGUAUUCGGUUUAUGCACUAUACGUUUUGUGCCUUGGUCUGAAAAUUAACAUGACUUCAGUUUGAAAGUAACCCAAUGUCUUCAUCUUGUUUUUCAUGUUUUGUCUUCCCCCACCCACUGCCACCGCCACCUUACUAUUCUCUCUGGGUGACUAUAAACACAAACUCACUAAAUGCUUGCCAUGCGCCCAGUUGUUAGAGAUUUCAGUGGUUUUUCAGAUUCCGAAAGGCCUUUGUUUUCAACUUCUAAAAGAAUGUUUUGGAAUUUUGUCAAUUUUUAUUUAUUUUUUUGUAAAAAUGUUGGGAGGUGCAUAUAGGGCAAGGGUAUAUUUACUUGUGUACAGCCUAACCCCCUUGAGUUUCAGGAAAUUUGGCAUAAUACUGAUAUUUCCUCUGGUACGUAAAGGAUUCUGGGAAGUUUCCCCACUCCAACAAAGCGUUCUGCUUUUCCAACACUGUGACUGAAGUUGUGAUCAAUUUUAAGAAAUCAAUCACAAUGAAAACCGAAUGUACAAUUCUUAGUUCUGGUGCUGAAAUCUCUAGACAUUCAUAUCCUGGUCUGACAAAGUCAUGGUCCUCUUUCCUUUUGUGUGUCAUUUGAAGCAGGAUUUAAAACACUAAUGAAUGUUAAUCUAACCCUGCUCUAGAUUUUGCCACUUUUAAUUUUUGGUUUUGUUUUCCAAGUCAUCUCUGCUAUUUUUAACCAUUGUUUUGUUUUAAAUUUACUACAUUCUAACAUUUUUUCCGUUUAUUUUUGAGCAAAUUAAAUAAAAUUGCAAUAUAUGUGUGGCCACCAUUUGUCUAUUGAAAACCUUUGAACGUUUUGGACUGCCCUAAAAGUUAUUGCCUGGUUUAUUGAAUGUGGCGGGUGGAGGGAAAUGUAAUGGUUUGCAUAAUACGAUCAUUAUUUUUCUAAUUUUAAAGAGACAUUAUACGAGAAUUGAAUAAACGCCAGCAAUGUCAUAGAACUAUAUGUAUUAAUUCGGAAAUGAAGAAUGUAUAUAAAGAGAUUUGUGGUUGUCCCAA